AUGUCAUUUCGAGGCGACGACUCGCGCCGAUACGGCCAUGUCCCCCCGGCGCAGUACCCGGUCGCCCCCCAGGUCCAAGACCAGCAGCAGCAGCAACAGCCAUAUCAGCAACAGCAGCCAGUACCAUACCCCCCGCGACGGCAAAGCUUCAACAAUGGCGACGACACGGUCCAGCCCACCUAUGCAGGAAGUAACGGCAGGGGCGAAGAAGAGCUCUUCAUUUCGAGCCCUGUAAACAGCUCGCAGCCGGUCCCGAACCGGACUGCCUUCACACAAAAUGCAGCCAUGUCUAGCUAUCAACAACGUCCAUAUCAGAGCCAGGGCCCGCCGACGCCAACGCACUCUACAUAUAACCCCCAACUCUUCGCCCGGUCGCAGUCAACUUCCCUUCCGUAUCAUCCCCCGCCUCCAACGAGAUAUGCCCAGGGGAGUCCUUAUGCGCCCGCCAGCCCAACCUUCAGCUCGACGCCCACGAACUACACCCCGCAGGCAUACAACCCAGCGGCAUAUGCUACAAAUGUAGUGCUCCCCCAAAGACAGGCCACGGUGACUGGAUACAAUAGUUAUAGCUAUAGCUAUGGCUCACCGCCGGCCGCCCGGCCCCAGUCCACGGCCUACGGCCAACCGCCGUCUGUAACUGGCUACGGCAUGCCCCAACCGCCUGCAACCGUUACGCCACCAGCUCAGCAAAGCUAUCCGGCAGUGCGGAGUUCACAAUACAUACCUCCUGCUGCACCACCCGCCAGCUCUUCGCAGUACGAUCAGUUGUAUUCUUCAUCGUAUGGUAGCCAGCAUGGCAGUCAGCAUGGUGGCCAGCAGGUUAACCAACAGAGUAGCCAGCAGCACUAUGGCUCGUAUUCUUCAAACGGCGCCAGUCCCGGCCCGAGCCCCGGAUAUUCGUCGUCUUCUUCAGCCACCCAGGCGCCAUACCCUAGUCACUCUAAUAUACCCGUUGGCCCAAAUUACGCUUCGCCAGAACCAAACUCUUUUGUCAAUAGAGCCUCUCGAUCGAGCUCUCAAACUUCGCCACUGCCUUCUCCUCCAACACAUUCCCAGCCCGCUACAAGUCUCCAGAGGCAUCCAACAAAUGCUCCGCUUCCCGGUCACCCGAUGCAAGAUGUGCCUGAGGAGUCGGACUGGAGAGUGAACGGGGGUGGGGAUGACGAUUUCCAGUUCACACAGGAAAGCCUUAUGCAGGAUAUUGUGUCGGACCUUGGCGUGUCGCAUGGCCAACGCCCCCGGCCUGUUAAUGGAGAGGUGUCGGAUGAUGACAUGGAGACGUUGCGACGCUAUGACUCCACAGCUUCAACGAUUAACACAACACAAGGCGCCGGUGCGGAUACUGGUGUAGCUCGCUAUGCGUCCAAUGCGUCGACCGUGAACAGGAACAAUGUCUCAACCACGUAUAACUGGGAUUCCGAAGAGAGUGACCCGGAAGGAGCAGCCGGUCUUUUGGCCAUGCAAAGCGAUAUGGACGACCGGAGAUUUGGCGGAGUCAGCUACCCGCCGUACGGGGAGAUCCCAAUGCCCUCGGCCCAGCUGUCCCCGCCUGCAGAGGAGCAGGCGAGUACCGAUAGUGACUAUGGAGGCAUGGAUUUGGGAAUGUACGGGGGAGGAUAUGCUGGAAAUCUGCAGUAUGGCAACGAGGGAGUGUCUCCGCCGCCCAUGCAAACCCCACAGGGCCAGGGAGCCGAAUUUCCCCCCUUUUCGGACGUAUCAGUGGACUACGCCGGCACGGGAGGCCUUCAGGCUCCCCAGGUUCAUCGCUUGAGCUUUGAUGAGGGUGAGGAGCGAGUGUCCGUCCACUCGAGACAGAGCGGGAGCGAUUCGCCCAUCAAAGAAGACUACCCGGAUAUGUUUUAUCACCCGGGACUGUCGAACCGACCCCUUCCCGCCUUGCCUCCGGGUCCCGACUCUUCUGGAUCGUUACUAGCCGCCUACCCGCCAGCCAAAGCCCAGUAUCAACACACUUACUCUCUGAGCGCCGAUUCAAGAACCCAAUAUCAUGAAGCCCCAGAUGCACAGAGCCAACUCAACGCACAACAGCCGCCAGUAGAGAGGUCAAUCUCUCUUUCAAGCCACAGCAAUACGCCUCCGGUGCUGGCACCUGCCCGCUCCCGGACAGACGCUGCUGAGGAGCGGAGGCGGGCCAUGAAACAGAUGUCGCAACAGCACCAGCAUCAUCCAAAUCAGCAGGGAACUCUAUACGAAGGAUAUGAUACUGGGACGCCGGCGUCUCUUGCCGGUUACGAUAUGAUUACCCUGCCAACAGGGAGGAGGAGAAAAUUCGUACCUUCAAAACUCACUACUACGGAGCUCAAUCGAUGUGCGGAGCCAUGGGCACUCAGCGGCAUCACGGCCUGGGUCCGUGAAAUGGCAGAGGGUGAACCGGACCUGAAGAGGAAGACGAUCGAAGAAGGGGUCCUCAGACUGUUCUGCUUCAAGGUGCCCACAAUGAACGUCGCUGACGCCGAGUCGUUGAGUGCCUCAGUUGUAGAUUCCAUGUUCGCAGCCGGUAUCCUCAUUCCAGAGGAAGAGUGGGUAAAGUUUGGCGCCGGCGAGAUGUACGGCGUCUUGUGGCAGCUCACAGGCUCAGGUUGCUAUGCGCCCAAGCUACACGAGGACGAGAGGCUUGCUCCGAGACUCCACGACAAUGGCAUACCGGUUAGGUGCUACUCACAUCACUGUGGCAGAACGCUAAAGAAGGCGAACCUGGAGCACAUGAUGUCUGAGGAAGAUGUAAUCAUCUUAGACUGGGCGACAUUCCACGGCGUGAAGCUGGAGGAUUUGAAAGACAAACCCAAGAAGGAGGUUGAGAGGCAGAACGUGCUCCACGAGAUCGUCACGGGCGAGGAGGAGUACAUGGGCCAGCUUGACGUGCUUCGGCUGCUCUACAGAGACCAGCUUCGGGCCUAUCAACCGCCCAUCAUUACCGUGAACAGGAUGGAGAGGUUUCUCGACGCCGUGUUCGGCAAAGUUGAUGCCGUGCAACAGAUCAACAAAGAACAUCUGCUUGCCCAGCUCAAGUAUCGACAGCAGGAGCAGGGGCCUUUCGUCAGCGGCUUCAGCGAUUUGUUUAGGGAGUGGAUUCGGAAGGCCAGGCCCAUUUAUAUCGAGUACUGCUCGUCAUACCCCCACGCGUCAUAUCUGAUGCGGAAGGAGGCGGGUAGGAACCUGCUCUUCCGCCAGUUCUUGGAUAUGGUUCGGGAACACAAGCGGUCGAAGCGUCUGGAGUGGACCACGUUUGUGAGAGCGCCUAUUGCUCGCCUCCAAAGGUACGGUCUGCUACUGGAUACGGUAAAGAAAAAUAUGGUAGGCGAAAGCGAGGAGAAGGCCAACCUGACCAAGGCGCUCGAGGAGAUCAAGGCAGUUACGCACGAAUGCGACGAGAAAGUGGCCGAGAUGACAAAGAAGGUCGAACUGCUUGAGCUGCAGAACAUGCUGGUGCUCCGGCCCGGCUUCCAAUCCGUCUUGAACCUCGACCAUCUGGGGCGAGAGCUGCUCAAGCAGGGAGACCUCCAGAGGCAGGGCUCGAAGGGUGUCCGCUGGGUUGACACGCACGCCCUGCUCUUCGACCAUUAUUUCAUACUGUCCAAGGCUGUGGUGACCAAGGACGGACGGGAUGAUAAGAAAUACGACGUUUCCAAAGAGCCAAUCCCCAUGCCAUUGCUCUUCCUCGAGAGUUUGAGCGAAGAUCCCGUCUCCAAACAGAAGGGACUCACCGCCCCUCUUACGCGAACCGCUGCCGCUACCGGCUCGGGGACACAGCUUAACAAAGUGGCUUCCAAUACUUCGGAGCGUCCCGGACUGGAUCACACGGGAACUAGUUCCUCCCUAGGGUCCAUGAACACGGUCACUCGCCUUACAUCGGGUGGAGUCGAUGAGAGUAAGAUCAUCUACCCUUUCAGGAUAAAACAUCUUGGUCACGAGAUCUACACACUAUACGCGGCCACAGCCCAGGAUCGCUCGGCCUGGUGCGCGGCAAUCAUCGAGGCAAAGACGAGACAUGCUCGAGCGCUGUACGCCCAAAAUGCCGAACCUUUCCGCUUGCGGGUCCUCUCGGACAGCGGGUUUGCCUAUGACUCGGCAUCGGCCCUUGGGAGGCAGUCGGGUGUGUCCAUCAGGGGGACUCCUCUAGACAGAGCCAUCCGGGAGAUGGAGAAGGUGUACGGCCCGGGCAGAGGUCCACCACCGGUGUGCCGUGCUCAGGUCAACUGUGCCACGUCGUUUCAGUGCUUUGGAAAGUCGGUUAUUGCCGUCGGGACGGACUACGGCGUGUACAUUUCCGAGGCGUCGAACCCUCGCGGGUGGACGAGAUCUGUGCAGAUCAACAAGGUCACACAGAUUGCAGUCUUGGAGGAUUUCUCGGUCUGCCUCUUGAUCGCGGACCGUUCUCUAAUCUCGUACCCGCUCGACGUGGUCGCACCGGUAUCAAACUUCCCGGCACCGGCUCACGACAACUCUCGUCGGGCGCCGCAACGGCUGGCCAAGGAUGUUGCCUUCUUCGCCACGGCGCGCAUGAAGGAUCGGAUGCUGCUCUUUUACAAGCGAAAGGAGGGCAUGCAUAACACGUUCAAGGUGCUCGAGCCAGUGUUCCAAAAGGCGACGGAGAAGAAGACGCGGCUGUUUGGGGGCAGGAAGGGGGGAUCAGGGAGCACCGAGUCGUUCCGCGAUUUUGACGAGUUCUAUCUCCCGACCGAGUGCUACUCGUUGAACCUGUUCCAGUCGUACAUCGCCGUGGCGUCGGCCAAGGGCUUUGAGCUGCUGACGCUGGACAAGAAGGUGACGCAGUCGAUCCCGCGCGACCUCAGCCUGCCGGCGAUCGCCAACAUCGCGUCGCGCGUCAAGGAACAGCGGCCGCUGGGCAUGUUCAAGCUAAACGACAACGAGUUCCUGCUGACGUAUGAGGACUGCGCCGUGUACGUGGACAAGCACGGCGAGAUCAGCCGCACGCUCAUCAUGGAGUACUCGGGCAAGCAGAAGAAGGCCAAGGCGGCGACCAUGUUUGGGAACUACCUGCUUCUGUUCAACGAGGACUAUGUCGAGGUGCGCAACGCCGAGAACGGCCGGCUCCGCCAGAUCAUCGCCGGACGCGAUGUGCGCUGUCUCGACUACGGGUUCAGAGGCCCGACGGGAAGCGGCCUCCAGCCGGCUGCGCAAGACUCGAAAGGCACCGUCAAGAUCUGCAUGAGCCAUCCAGAGAUUGACAAGGGCCAGAUCGUGCUAGAGAUGCUGCUGAACGAGGGACAUGCGGAGAAGAGCUGA